CUAAGCGUGGGCGGGUGGUCGGGGGGUCAGAUCUCGGUAUCAGGGACCACUGGGGAGCUGGUCACUUUCGUCUCUUUGCAAUGGAGGCCUCAGCGCCCAAGCAGCAGCAGGAGCAGCAGCCUGCAGGGACCAAGAUCAGGAACCUACCCUGGGUUGAAAAAUACCGGCCCCAAACACUGAAUGAUCUCAUUUCUCAUCAAGACAUUCUAAGUACCAUUCAGAAAUUUAUCAGUGAAGACCGACUGCCACAUCUGCUUUUCUAUGGUCCUCCAGGGACAGGAAAGACAUCUACCAUCCUAGCCUGUGCAAAACGGCUAUACAAAGAUAAAGAAUUUGGCUCCAUGGUCUUAGAGCUGAAUGCUUCAGAUGACCGAGGAAUAGAUAUCGUCCGGGGACCAAUCCUGAGCUUUGCUAGCACAAGAACAAUAUUUAAGAAAGGCUUUAAACUAGUGAUCUUGGAUGAAGCUGAUGCCAUGACUCAAGAUGCCCAGAAUGCCUUGAGAAGAGUGAUUGAGAAAUUCACUGAAAAUACCAGAUUUUGCCUCAUCUGUAACUAUCUGUCAAAGAUCAUCCCUGCUUUGCAGUCUCGGUGUACAAGGUUCCGAUUUGGUCCCCUGACUCCAGAACUCAUGGUUCCCCGCCUGGAACAUGUCGUAGAAGAAGAGAAAGUUGACAUAAGUGAAGAUGGAAUGAAAGCGCUUGUGACUCUUUCCAGUGGAGAUAUGCGCAGGGCUCUGAACAUUUUGCAGAGCACCAAUAUGGCCUUUGGAAAGGUAACAGAGGAGACUGUCUACACCUGCACAGGGCACCCACUCAAGUCAGACAUCGCCAACAUUCUGGACUGGAUGUUGAAUCACGACUUCACCACAGCCUACAGAAAUAUUAUGGAGUUGAAGACUCUGAAGGGGCUGGCAUUACAUGAUAUCCUGACAGAGAUACACCUGUUUGUGCAUAGAGUUGACUUUCCAUCUUCAGUUCGAAUAUAUUUAUUGACCAAAAUGGCAGACAUUGAGUACAGACUUUCUGUUGGCACCAAUGAGAAGAUCCAGCUGAGUUCCCUCAUUGCUGCUUUUCAAGUUACCAGAGACCUGAUUGUCACAGAGGCUUAGAUGUUCUAAGGCCCACCAGUCACAAUUCCUAGGGCCUGGCAGUGCAGAGGACAGUUAAUAGGAUGAAUGCUGCCCAGGGCGUGGGAUAGAGCUGUGGUCAUCCCAGGUCUUAGAAAUUUCCGUUCCAGACCCAGGAGUGGCUAGGCAACAUUAAAAAGUACCAUUUUUGUGGCCAUUAGGAACAGGGGCACAUGAAAACAAUUUUAAUGUAUAACGAUUUUAACUGUACUACCCAUCUGUCCUUUCUUUUCUUUUCUUUUUUUUUUUGAGACAGGGUUUCACUCUUGUCCAG